CUCCCACUCACUCCGCCCUCCCCCGUGUCCGCUGUCCGGUUUGAGGGAGUCCUUGAGGACUCCCCAGGUGAACGCGAGGAUCACACCCAGACAGCCGAAGCAGGGGGAUGACUGAGGGAAAGUUGGAUUCUCCAGAUAGCACGGCAGUUCUGACGGUGCUGCCCUCUUAAAGUAACACCAUGAUGUCCGCGAUAGAAGCUGGUCCCCCCGUGUACCAGCCUGCACAGCUGCUCAACUGGGUCUACAUGUCUUUGCAAGACGCCCAAACUGGAGGUUUUGAUGCCUUCAAAGCCGAGUCGGACACUUCUGCUCAGGACGUGAACAUCUCCAAACGCAGCGCUGCUGAUCUGAGCUCCAACUACAUCAACAACUUCUUCCAUGUGAGGAGUGAGGCCUUGAACAACAACCUCUACAAGAGUUCCUCACCCUACGGCUCCCUCAACAACAUCGUGGACGGCCUGAGCUCUCUGGCGGACCAUUUCUCAGAACUCUCCCUGUCCCCUGAGACACGAAAACCCAGCAAAAGGCCACCACCUAACUACCUAUGCCACCUUUGCUUCAACAAAGGACACUACAUCAAAGACUGCCCUCAGGCUCGACCCAAAGGUGAAGGCCUGACGCCAUAUCAGGGAAAGAAGCGAUGUUUCGGUGAAUAUAAAUGUCCGAAAUGCAAGAGGAAGUGGAUGAGUGGGAACUCCUGGGCCAACAUGGGACAAGAAUGUAUAAAGUGCCACAUCAACGUUUACCCUCAUAAACAGCGGCCUCUGGAGAAACCUGACGGCUUGGAUGUGUCCGACCAGAGCAAAGAGCAUCCACAACACUUGUGUGAAAAAUGCAAAGUCCUUGGCUACUACUGCCGCCGGGACCAAUAACACUCCACUUGGCUUAAAUUUCCCUCGAAACGUUUAUCAAGAAGGGAUAUUUUUAUUUUAGUGCCUAAAGAUUUAUAUUAUCAGAAGCUUAUUUUUGAUGUAAUUCAUUUUGCAGACACUAAAUCUACUCCGAGACUGUGACUCCUGGUCAACAAAGCUCGAUUUUCUCGUAGAAGACAAGGUCUUUCGUUUGUAUCAUAGUUACUCGCUUUUUUAUGUGAAUUUUCUUAACAAAAGCAGGAAUCUUACCAACUGUGAAUUAAGAAAUGUAUGUCUGUGACUGUCACUCAUGUUCGUUCAUGAGUGAAGUUUCUUUAUAACAUGUUUGUAUAUUCCAGGAAUAACUUAAAAUAAUGUUUCUGUAUAAAAUGUGCAACAAGUUUAUACUAAAAAAUAGGUAUGCAGUAUAAAUGUACAUCAGUACUGGAGGGUACAUAAUUUUUGAAUAUAUUUUUAAACAAUUACUUGUUUGUAACAUUUUGUGAAGGAAUAUAUUAGCCAACUAACAGCUGUUCUCUAUUCAGCAUGUGCCUGUAAAUCUAUAGAUAUUCUUAUAGGUCUUAUGUGACAUUCAGAGCUGAGGGUGCACUGAAGCACCAAAACAACCUGCAUCCCUUUUGUCCUUCUGUGUCCCUACUGAGUGCAGCUGUUUGUAGGACUGAUCUCAAUUUAGAUAUGAAGCUCACAGUUGACUCAGUUCGUAUUUCUUUAAAUGAUUUCUGUCAAAGUUUUUUAUACAGUUCGGAAACUCCUUGAAUUGUAAUCCUACCAUGAAACUCUACCACUGUGCCACAAUAUACAGAGCUUGGUCGGUUGAGGCAGAAUUUUUUGUGCUUGUUUGGCCACUGUUAUCCCAUUUCCACCAAGUCAGUUCUUCAUCUAGAAGCAUUUUUUAAUUUUUCUAGAAAACUGUGACUACACAGGACCAACUGCUUGCUGGUCCAGAAACAAUAACUUUUUUGUUAUGCCCUAUGUACAAACAUUGGGGGCUUGUAUGCUUACAUCUGUGGCUCAGGGUGGGAUUGGAAAGUACAAAUAACCAGAAAGAGCGCCAUUUGUAUACUACAGCACUUAAAACAGGACAGCAAGACAACGGUGCUAAACAAACGAGGAUGUAAAAGGGAAGCCGCAGUGGUCUGAGGAGGAAAUGAGCUGUUUACUGGCUGUGUGGGCCUCGGAUGAUAUGUGAAUUUCAACAGAUCUGCUUUUUUGUGUGAAUUUAGUACUUCCCAAGUGAGAUUCUAAACAAAAGUCUUUAUAAUGAACUCUAUGAUUUGUGCAUUAAAGAAAUUUUUUGUCAUUCUAAAAACGACCACCUCAAUACAUGUAAAAACAGGCUUAUUACGCUAGAUCCUGGAUGAGCCCCCAAUUGAUUCGUUUUCCCCAGAAAAACACAAAAGUAACAAAGGUUGCUAAAGGAUUUCCAUGGAUCAUAGUUGCUAACUAGUUGCUGAUUAGCAACCGCCAUCAGCUGGGUGCAGCCAUCAAAUGUGCAUCAAGUUUUCCAUGAUGAGUAGGGUGAAUUGUGAUCAAGUUUUUUUUAGGGAAAUCCAUCAUUAACUUCCUAACAAAUCUAGCCAUCCAUGACUAGUACAAAUACAUCUGGAGGGAGCUGUAAGUACUGAAAAUGAAGACCACUUACAUUUACAGUGUCAUAAUGACGUGGCUCAGUGGUCGGCUAUAGACCAUGGAAAAGUUAUCUGACGUUCCUUAAAUUGAAAGUUAAAGUUCCAGCUCUGACACUGGCUUGGUUGGAAAAGGGGUUUUGGAGAGAUGGAUGAGGAAAUGGACUUGUAUUAUUUUUUGCAUGCCAACAGGGAUAUGACAGAUUGUAUUGUCUACAGCCAUUUAUCUCACCACACAAACCUACGAAUAUACAUCACGGCAUAGAUUCAUUGCCGAAGUGUAACUCAGGCUGUUGGAGAGGGAGUGGUUUAUGUGCAAGAAAAAAACGUAUAAAACAUAAUGGAUCUUCUGAGCAGCACAUUAAAAAGCAGAAGGAAGCACCAUCCCUCUAGUGUGAAUGCAAAGCUGAAAACAACAAACCCAGGAGGAGCUUGACUUUACAAUUUUCUUUUAAAGUCAUUGCUCACAUAUAUUUAGUUAGGAUAUAUUUUUUAUCUACUAUAUUGUUAAAAAUGUUUCUUAUUAAACCUUUAAGUAAGUUUAUCAGUACUAAAGAAAUGGAAACGAUUCAAGAGUGACAUACUGCCUUUUUAUAAUGACACUCAGUGCUAAAAAAAAAAAAAACCCUCACCAAAGUGCUUUUUAAAAUGUGUUAUAACAUGUAAAACUUAUCAAAGGAAGAAACAUUUGAAUGUAUUAUGAAGGAUUUAAUGAAGAAAUGCAUGUUUAAGGGAUUUUUGUAUUUGAGUAAACUUGUGUCAAAUUAAUAUAGAACAGAAUCACACUUUUGACUUUAAAGCUACCAUGAGGAAAUUAAUUUUAGUUGAUAUGUCACCUUCUUAAUUGAUGAUUUCCCAUUAUUUUGAAAGUAAAAUACGUCUAACUGCUGACUUUAAACAGUGUACUGUCCCACCUGUUGCAGCCAAAAAGAAGAGGCUGUUAAUGGCUUUUUCUGUCUCGUACCCUGUGAAAUGGUUUCAAGCAUUUUAAAAAAUGUCUAGAAAUGAUUAAAUUUCUAAUUUUUGGACUCAUUUGUUUUUGUAGUCCAUAAAGAAGCUCCAGAAUUAAUUUUAGUCUGUUUCACACCAAUUUAAAAAUUUCUCAUAGUAGCUUUAAACUGUUCAAAAAAGUGUGAAAUGCCACAUAAUGUGCCUUCAUUUGAGUUACCCUUGAGAUUAACUGAAAAACAAUGUUUUGUAUUAAAAUGUUUACACAUUUUUCUGUGUCCUCUGCUUUCUCUUCUCUCCUACAAAACUGUUUUUGUCUUGUUGAGGAGAAUAAAAUGCACAAGAUGUUGUUAAAUCAUCCGUUUUGCAUUAAGGAUUUGGUUUAGGGAGGUUCCGCGCAGGGCUGUAGAGUUGACAAGUGAUAAAAUCCACUUCUCUCGACAUGAACUGAUCCAGAUGUUACACAUUUUUUUAUUCCCACUUAACAUAAAACAUCACAAUCUUGAUCUCUGGAUACUUUUUGAACAUCUGGUAAAGCAAAAUCAGAUUUGGCUCCAUGCCUUCAUGGAAUCUAAAUCAAAUAGAAGCGAUACUCUGAAAGCCAACCCCCCCCAAAGAAACAUUUCAGCUCUAAAGAACUGAAUAUAUCUGACAUUAUAUACCUUAACUCUUCUGGCAGACCACAGUAGGAUAAAUACUUAGAGGAAUAAGAUCAUCAGUCAACAGAGGCUGGUGAGGAAAGCAGAGAGAGGCCAGGAGAAUGACGCAACACUGAUCUCAUUCACGCAGCUGGUGAUAUAAAAUCAGUCCUCCCCCAAUAAAAGGACACACCUUUGACCGAAGUAGCUAUAUGUCAGCCAGUUGUUGAAGUACAACUAAACUCAGCAACCACUUCAUUACGUAUACCUGUUCAACUGCUCAUGAACACAAGUAUCUAAUCAGCCAAACACAUGGCAGCAACCAAUGCAUGUUGGGAUGUCAAUGUGGUCAAGGUGAUGUGCUGAAGUUCAAACAGAGCAUCAGAAUGAGGAAGCUUUAAAGCAUGCCAUCAUCUUCCUUUCCAUUCUAAUGCUCAGUUUUAACUUCAGCAGAUCACCUUGACCAUGUCUACAUGCCUUUACGCAUUGGUUGCUGCCAUAUGACUGACUUCUAUAUAACAAUGCCACUUCAAAAAAGUUGGGGCACUGUGCAAAAUGUAUAUAAACUUUGAAUGCAAUUAUUUGCAAAUGUCAUAACCCAUAUUCAUUUUAUUCCCAACAGUCUGUAAGCAUCUGGGAAGUGAGGGAACAAGUUGCUGGAGUUUUGGGAGAGGAAUGUUUUCCCAUUCUUAUUUGUAGGAUUUUAGCUGCUCAACAGUCCUGGGUGUUCUUUCAUGUUAUGAUGCGCCAAACGUUUUGUAUUGGUGAAAAGUUUGGACUGCAGGCUGGCCAGAUCAUCUGCUGCAAAGCCAUGCUGUUGUUAUGGAUGCUGUAUGUGGUGUAGCAUUGUAUUGCUGAAAUGUGUAAGGCCUUCCCUGAAAAAGAUGUGCAGGCUUUUAAACUGUGCUCUGAUAACAACACGGAUGGUCCCUCUCCCUCUUUAGUCCUUAGAAUUACAAAAAUAAUUUCAAACUUCGAUUCAUCCGACCACAGAACAGUUUUCCAUUUUGCCUCAGUACAUUUUAAAUACGCUUAGCCCCAAAGUAGAUGGUGGCGUUUCUGCAUCGUGAACACAUAUGCCUUCUUUAACUUGCAUUAGUGGAUGGCACCGCCAUGUUUUCAUGCAAUGGCAAAAUAUCUAAAUUUCAACAUCUGAUACAUGAUUUAUGUUCUAUUGUAGAUAAAUAAUGGGUUUAUGAGAUUCGCAAAUAAUUGCAUUCUGUUGAAAUUUUAGACAGCGCCCAAACUUCUUUGGAUUUAGGGUUGUCAAAUAACAGACAAAUUCUGAGGAGAAUUCCAAAUAUGAAGUUUAGAUAUGAUGGAAGUCACAGAGCCUUGUAUGUCCUUCAUUAACCCAACACCUGGGAAUAACCAGUCAGUGGUAAUAAUCUGCUUUCUCAUGUGUAUAUCCACUCCAGUAAUCCUUUACCUGCAAAAAUCUAAUCAAAAAUUAUUCUGUCAAUAGUAACAUUUCUUUCCACAAGUACAAAACAUCAUACUUGAACUUUCUGUUCUCCAAACUCUUAGGUGGUGGUACUGCACAGUGUUUGCUAACUGCCAUACAACACAAAAACUGCAUCAAUCUUUUAAUCAACAAGCAUCUGCUUUUGGUUUCAGUUUCAUUCCUCUACUCCUACCAAAACCCUGUGCUUGCUGGAUGAACUGGAAGACUUGAGC